AUGGAAAAUCAGACCAUAAUAACAGAAUUUAUACUCUUGGGACUUUCAAGUGAUCCGCAAGUACAGAUUUUUCUCUUUUUUUUGUUUCUGAUAAUAUAUGCUACCACAUUGUUAGGAAACUCUGUCAUCAUAUUUUUAAUCAAGACUGAGCCUGGCCUUCAUACUCCCAUGUUCUUCUUUCUCAGCCAUCUAGCCUUCGUUGACAUUUGCUACUCAUCUGUCACUGUCCCAAAGAUGCUGGAAAACUUUGUAGCAAAACAGAAAACCAUUUCUGUGGUGGGAUGCUUUGCACAGAUCUUUUUCUUUCUCCAGUUUGCUUGUGCUGAAUUUUACCUGCUUUCAGCAAUGGCAUAUGAUCGAUACGUUGCCAUAUGUGACCCACUGCAUUAUUCAACCAUUAUGAAGAAACGGAUAUGUAGACAACUGGUGGGGGGAACCUGGGUAAUAGGACUCUUUGAUGCAGUUCUCAACACAUUGCCUUUAAAGAAUUUGACCUUCUGUAGAUUCAAUACAAUCCCCUUUUACACCUGUGAACUUCCUCCAGUUUUGAGCUUGUCUUGUAGUGAAAGUUUCACCAAUUAUAUGCUGACUCUUGCCUCUGUUUUUCUCUUUGGUAUAAUCCCCUUCCUCCUCACCCUUAUCUCUUAUAUUUAUAUCAUUUCAAGUAUCCUGAAGAUUCAUUCAGCUAAAGGCAAGAGCAAAGCCUUCUCUACUUGCAGCUCCCACCUCAUUGUUGUGUGUUUAUGUUAUUUUUCUGUUUUUUCCCGAUACAUGAAGCCAAAUUCUAAAUCUUUCAAACACCUGGACAGUGUGCUCUCUAUCCAAUAUAAUAUUAUAACUCCUAUGUUAAACCCCAUCAUAUACAGUUUAAAAAACAAGGAAAUAAAAAACAUUUUUCAGAAAAGAUUUAGAAAUAGUAGGUAA